GGGUGGUUUUCAGAGGGUUUUUGUUUUUCAUCCUCAUCUCUCAACUCAUAUUCAUCAUCUUUCAAGAAUUUCUAGAUAGAGAAAGUGAACCAAGAGAGAGAAAAUCAAGAAGAGGUUGCGUCUCAAACAAAUCAAACAACAUUGGUCCUUAAUGGGGUUAUCAAGGAAGGGGAAACAAAUCAUGGGUUUUGCUUGAUCGAUCACGACUUUGUGAUUCGGGCUUUUGGGCUUUCGAUUAUCCAAUCUAACAUUUCUUAGCACGGAGGAAAUUUCCAUCAGGAAAUCGGGAUCUUGAAGAAAUUGUUUGGUGAAUUCUUGGGAAAAUCGCGGGUUUAUUAGAGACUUUUAAGAAGAUCAAAAGAAGAUGGUGUGAAGUGAUUGAUAAGUUUCUUGAUACCAAGAUAUGGUGUUGCAGAAAAGGUUAGAAUAUGGAUUCAAUGGUUAUCAGGUGCCUCCAACCCCUCGGGCUCCAAGAUCAGCCAGGAAAAGGGUGAAGAAGAAUGAGGAUCAUAAUCAAAUGUACGCUUUCGACUUGCUGGCCACCAUUGCUGGCAAGUUAUUACUGGAGGGUAAUAAUUCUGCUGAUAAUAAGUUAAGUCGAGAAGAAACCGUCAAGGAGACUACAGUUAAGACGGAAGAAGACUCUUCAAAAGCAAAUGAUUGUGAUCAGGAAAGCUGCAAUAAAAGCUUCUUUGUGUCGGAGAUUAUCCCAAAAGCUUUGGUUACUGAUACUUGUUCUGGACCUGCUUCUGGUAUUACGGUUUCUGAUUGUUCAGAUAAGGUUCCAUCUGCUUCAAGAUCUUUAAAUGGUGAAAAUGUUGGUUGUAAAAUAGAGGAUAUAAACGAUAAACAGAUGACAUAUGAGGCACCCAACAAUGGGAAACCUCCGGUUGUCAAUAAUUUAGAUAGUAAUGUAAAUUUAGUUGUUAGAGAUGAUGACGAAAACUCUUCCUGGUGCACUCAGCCCCAGGCCUUAAAUAACAAGACCUUUAGGCCACCAUCACGUAUUGGUGACCGAAGAAUUAGGAGGUUAUUGGCAUCCAAACAGUGGAAAGUCGCUCCAAAACUUAACAAUGGCGUGCAUUUCAACACUGAUGCAGACUUGAAGCCUGUGUCGUAUCAUAGCAAGAAAACUUGCUAUAAGCAUCAAAGAUCUUUAAGGGAUUAUCCGUUCAAAAAGCGAAGACUGUACCAGUUAGAGAAUCCUUCCAAUUCCGAUAACAGAUCUGGUUCACCUAGAAAAGGCUCUAUUGAAGAUGAUUCCAGUUUGGGUGCCGCCGAAGAUCCUGCCUUUCAAGCUCAGGAUUCACAUGGUAACGGAAAGCCUUUUGAUGGUGUUAUUAAUAUCUACUCUUCUAUAUCGAAACUGAUAGAUGUUUUUGUUUUUAAUUCAGUGAAGCUCAAGAUCAAGUCUUUCAGGGUACCCGAGCUUUUCAUUGAAAUACCAGAAACAGCAACUGUUAGUUCUCUAAAGAGGACUGUUAUGGAGGCUGUGACUGCUAUAUUUAGUGGUGAGCUACAUGUAGGUGUGAUGCUUCAGGGGAAGAGAAUUAGAGAUGAUAACAAAACGCUGCUGCAGACUGGUAUAUGCCAUGAUAACAAACUAGAUGCUCUUGGUUUCACCUUGGAGCCUAACCAAUUGCAAGUUCCGCCAUCUCAAUGCCCUGAAGAUCGGUCUGUGGUACCACCACCGGCCACACCUAAGCCAUUAACAAGGUAUUCACCACCUCAAAGUGUAGCUAAUCAAGUAGUAAUCCAGCAGGAGAUGACAAAUUCUGGGAAGAUAACUGAAAGUGAUGAUGACAAUAGAAGUGGUUGUGAUUCAAGGGCAUUAGUAACAGUUCCAGCCAUCAUCGACAACCCUGUAAGUAAAUCAAAACAAGCGGAGGUUGCACAACGCAGGAUUCGUCGUCCUUUCUCUGUUUCCGAAGUGGAAGCGCUGGUUGAAGCCGUUGAGAAGCUUGGAACAGGAAGAUGGCGUGAUGUUAAAUUACGAGCUUUUGAUGAUGCAAAGCAUCGAACGUACGUGGAUUUGAAGGAUAAGUGGAAAACCCUGGUGCACACGGCGAGAAUAUCACCGCAGCAAAGGAGAGGUGAGCCAGUGCCUCAGGAGCUCCUUGACCGGGUGUUGGAAGCCCAUGCUUACUGGUCCAACAACCAGUUCAAAACACAAACUUGCCGACUUGUCUAAGUGUGGAUGGAUUUCGCAGUAGAAGUUGUAGUUAGGUGGGUUGUAAUUCUGAGUUUUUGGUUUUGUGGGUGUAUAAAAGUGACAAAAACAAAGUGUUUUUUUCUUGUAAAAAUUGGUCAAUAAUGAUUCAUUUAAGAUAGCAGCAGCACAUUCUUUA